AUGGGCAAUCCUCCCCCCAUUCGUCGGGGCUCUUCCACCGGCCAUCUUCCACAACCGCUUACGUCCGUGACUUCGAACACGAUCAAAUCUUCCCCGUCGCAGCCCACGACAACGACGAUAGCUUCGGAUGACGCUCGUCCUGUACACCCGUCUCUCCUUCAGCCUCGCGUAGCUGUCGUCCUCAAUGUCCCUACGCCAUGGCAUCCUUGGCUGUUUGCUCUACGGCUGUUCUCCAUCCUGCCAGCGUUGUGGUGGGGAUUGCCUUCUGCUGUUCAGCUGCUCCUGCGUAUCCUGCCAGGGCCAGAAAUAGUCGUUGUGGUGCCCUCGACGACGGGAGGAUCUGUGGCCAUGAGCGUUGAGCAAGAUGCGCGGUACGCCCUGACUGAAACUGGGCUUGCAACGAUAUGGUGUUUUGCGUCGGGCUAUCUUUCGUUCUUCUUUACAGACUGUCUAAUGUCCAGAUGGCUCAUCAACUAUACACCUCAAGCGACCAUGGUCCGGCUUCUCACAACCAACAUCUGCAACGCCUAUCUCACCCAAGUCGUUCUCUCCAUCGCGGGUGGUUUUGAAGACCCUCGCCUCUUUCUCCCGGGCUGGAUUGGUAUAGCCACGACUCUGACCGUGAUGUACCACAUCACCCACCAAAAGAUCAACAUCCGCAAGGAGACGUCGACUUCCAUCAACGUUUUUUCCAUAGCCAGUUUCUUUAGUAUGGUGACUCUACUGGCGCAUAUGCACCAGUUCACGCCCGAAUACCCUCAAAUGCCAAUAGUAACUAAUGGACGACGCGCAUGGGAUGAGGCGUCGCGCGUGGUUGCUCAGGUCAGGGGAAGCGUUGAACAACACGGCGACUUGUAG